AUGGGAAAGUUCCAUUUUUAUGUCCUCUGGUCUCUGCGUGACGCACCCCGUCAGUUCAUCAGCAAAUCCAACCGGAAGUACUUCCAGGUCCAUGUGCCACUACCUCUGCCCAAACAGCUGGUCAUCUUUGGACUUGGACAAUGGGAAGGGACUGAGACAACCAUCUCAGUAGAGGUCCUGGUCAGUGAGGAUGUACAGGCCCAGAAGAUUGGGACCUUGACCUCUCAAGCAAGGUGCCUGACGUGGGAGGGUGACUGGAGUGCUGACAUUCUCACAGUGGCAGCAGAGAGAGGCAGGAAAGGAGCUUAUGGAAAAAUAGUGCUCACAGUCAGUGGAGAGAUCACCACCAACUGCUCUCACUUGGUUGACAGUGUUUACGAUGCUGAGAUUCAAGUUAAUAAAAUUGACACUAGUGAUUCUAAAGUGGCGACUAAACCCCCUGUUUGGCCAACGGAUAAAGCACCCAGACGAACAGUUAUCAGUAAAAGAGGUCUAAUGACAUGGAGCUCCGAGGAUAUGGACAGUCCCUCGGAGGAAAUAACCCAGGCCUCCACACCAAAGAAAAUGAAGCUGUCAAGGAUGAACAGCCAGGAAGAAAUGACUGUGCAGAUAAAGAAUGAGAACAGAGACGUUUCAGCGUGUCCAUCGAAGCGCUGGAGCCACACAAUGUGUCUGAUUGACCCUGACACAGCCAUUCUCAUCGGAGGGGAAACAACCGACCAAAACUACUGCAAGGACUCGCUGUGGAAGCUUGAGUUAGACAGUGACUUCUGGUUUCCAAUGAACUCCUCUGCUUCUGGACCUGUACCACCAUGUGCCCGAGGCCACUCUGCCACCUAUGACCCAGACUCUAAGGCGGUCUUUGUUUACGGUGGCCUGAGGGAGGGUCAGCGCUACAGCGAACUCCAUAUUCUUAAUACUCUGACCUGGAAGUGGAAGCUUGUCACUGCCAGAGGGAAUGUUCCAGCUUUGGCAUAUCACUCUGCUGGCUUUUAUAAGAAAGAGCUUUUUGUCUUUGGCGGAGUUCAGUCAAGCCAUUCCAAUGGAGAUAAGUCAUGCAGCAAUGCUCUGUACAUCUUCAACCCUGAAUUUGAACUCUGGUACCAACCCAUAGUGGAGGGUGACAGACCUCUGCCUCGGUUUGGGCACUCAGCGACUCUUCUGUCACAGAGGCUGAUUAUUUUUGGAGGCCGCCAGACUGCUGCCUACCUUAAUGAUCUCCAUGUCCUGGAUCUGGGAUUCAUGGAGUACACAGCUGUGAAGUGUGGGAACAUGCCCCCACUGCCUCGAGGAUUUCACGCAGCACUCCCAGUUUCAGACAACAGGAUUUUAAUCAGUGGAGGCUGCAGCGCAAUCGGAGCCCUGCAGGAUGUCCAUAGUUUUAACAUUGAUACCUGUACGUGGACUUCAGUGGUGUCUUCAUCUCUUACCUCUAAGCCUCGUGCCGGACACAGCAUGAUAAAUUUGAGCAUCCAAACAGAAACUAACAAACAAGAGUGUGGAUGUGUGAAAACCCACUCUACACUGUUGGUGUUUGGAGGCUCAAACUGUGCUGGUAUUUUUUACAAUGACACUGUCAAGUGUACAGUGGAAAUUCCUGGUGAUGAGUGAAAGAUGUUUUAAUAUAAUCUAACAGAUACACCUGAGAAAUCCAAAUGGGAGCGUUUUUAUCAUUUUUAAACAGUACAGUUGUACUAUAUGGAGGAUUCCCCGAUUAUAAUAGAAAAACAACUACGACUUCAAGUGUUUUUAUUCUAUAACUGUUAUGUUUCUGCUUUGUGGUCUUUCUUUAUGUUGCGUUAUUGUAAGAGAUUGUGCAGCUUCUUCCAUUCCUAUAUUUACUCAAAUUGUUCUGAGCAUGGUUCUGCAAAUAGAUGCCUGAAAGGUUUUGCAUAACAAAUCUCUGAUCUGCAUUUGUAUAUAUCUGUGUAAACACUAUUUUAAUGCUCUUCAUGUCCUCUUUUCAGAUGUUGUAUAUUUGUUAAACUGGACUUUAAUUAAAAUGAAUACCAAGAUGUUAGUAUGUUUGUUGUUAAAGUUAUUGCUGUGACAA